AAUUAGGUGCUGAAUAAUAACAAAUGAAAAGGCUAUAUAUUUGAUAUGCAGAAUGAAGAAAUUGUUAGGUUAACUCGUCGUUUAUAAACACGUUUCCUACUAAGAAAUUUCAUUUUUUUUGUAUUGACCGUACGUAAUUUAACACUUGAACAUGGCGAAGUUUCAUUUAAGAAAAAAAUCAAAACGACAGCCCGCACGUUUAAGAUACAAAAUCGAGAAGAAAGUACGAGAACACAAUCGAAAAAUAAAGAAGGAAUCGAAAAAAAAUCCGAAAAAGGCUAACAAGAUUAUACAGGUCCCGAAUAUAUGUCCCUUCAAAGAAGAUAUUCUUAAAGAAGUGGAAGCGCUCAAGAAACAAAAGGAGGAAGAAAAGCAAAAAUUGAAGGAAGCGGCAAGAUUGGAGAAACAAAAACAAAAAGAAGAACAGAAAAAAGAGAAAUUAUCGACCGGUCUUCAAGGCCUAGUAGCUAAUGCCGAAAUACGAAACAAAUUACAUGAACACCUCACACCAGAAGAAAAUACUAAAAUCCAGGAAUCCAACAGUGAAAAUUCGCUCAAGCAAUAUUAUAAGGAAUUCAAAAAAGUUAUUGAAGCUGCUGAUGUUAUUCUUGAAGUAGUAGACGCUAGAGAUCCACUAGGUACUAGAUGUAAACAGGUCGAACAAGCAGUUUUAGAUUUGAAAGGAAACAAAAGAUUAGUUUUAGUUUUGAACAAAGCUGAUUUAGUACCUAGAGAUAUUCUAGAUCAGUGGUUAAAAUAUUUGAAAAAAUCUACCCCAGCUAUUGCGUUCAAAGCUUCUACUCAAAAUCAAAGUAAAAAAUUAGGUCAAAAGAAAUUAACUAAAAACAGCAAAGUUUUACAAAGUUCUAAUUGUGUUGGAGCAGAAUUAUUGUUAUCCCUACUAGCCAAUUAUUGCCGUAACAAGGGUAUCAAAACUUCUAUUAGAGUAGGAGUGGUAGGAUUACCAAAUGUAGGAAAAAGUUCAAUCAUAAACAGUUUAAAAAGAUCAAGAGCAUGUAACGUUGGUGCAACACCAGGUGUUACCAGAGCUAUGCAAGAAGUGCAACUAGAUUCAAAAAUCAAACUUUUAGAUUCUCCCGGUAUUGUAUUUACUUCUGGAAAUGAUAGUAGCGCUUCUUUAAGAAAUGCUGUGCGCAUUUCUGCCCUAACUGAUCCUAUUACACCAGCAAACGCCAUUUUACAGAGAGUUACCAAGCAGCAAAUGAUGGAAAUGUAUGACAUUACUGAAUAUAGUACUCCAGAGGAAUUUUAUAGUCUUAAAGCUGCAAGAACAGGUAGAUUUAAGAAAGGUGGUGUACCAGAUGCAGUAGCAGCAGCUAGAGGUCUAUUAGAAGAUUGGAAUAAUGGAAAAAUCAAAUAUUACACUUUGCCUCCCGAAGAACCUCAAAAGGACGUUCACAUUAGCGCUUCUAUCGUUAAUGAAAUAGCAAAAGAAUUUGACUUAGAUAGUUUCGAAACCAUGGAAACUGAUGUUUUAAAUAAGAUAGAAAAAGAAUCAGACUCCAAAACGAAAGCAUUUUUGUUGGAAAGCUUAGGUCCAGUAGAUUCGAUAGAAGAUCCUGUAGAAGAAAUGGAAGAAGAUGUAGUUGAUGAUAAAAAAUUGAUAAGUGCUUCAACAAAUGUCGUUUCGACAAAGAAGAAACAGAAACAAAAAGGUAUCCCAAGAGUUAAGAAGGUGAAUCCCGAAAUGGAACUGGAAGGAAAUCAACAACUCAAUCAAAUUAAAAAGAAGCAAUUCAAAAAAGAGAAAAAGGAUAGGAGACGUAGGGAUAAAGUGGCCCAACAAUUAUCUAUAGGAUUAGAUAAUUUUUCAUUGAACGGCACUAAAGAUAAAGAUACAUUGGAAAAUUAUGAUUUUGAUACAGAUUUUGUUUCAAAAUAAAUGUAUUGAUUUUAUAAUUACAA